UAUUGUUCGCUUUCGUCUCUCUUUCUGUUCCUAGAAUAACAUAACAUUUUUUUUCGAGACUCGUUCUGUGUUUAUCUCAUAAUAUAAAUAAGUAGCCUUUGGUUUUCAAAAUUCCUAUUUUACUGGCUCAUCAAUUUAAUGAAAUAUUUCAAGUUUCAACGUGAGUUAACGUGUCUGUUUGCUUUGGAUUUGUAGUGCGCUUUUGAUAAUUUGCUUAAACUUUGAAAAUUGUUUUUAUUCGUUUAAUUCGUCACCGUAUUUCGUAAAUUUUCUAAAAUAGAGACCUACAAAAAGCCAGGGUGGAAAAGCUUUUUUAAACAAACAAAAACAAAACAUAAUUAAAAUGGCAAGAACGGCGACCAAUACCCAACCGAACUUUGAGUUCGCAAAAGAUGUUUUGAUUGCAACACAUCCUCCAGAAGAUUAUGAAAGAUCUGUAUGGAAAAUAGUAACCCACAUAGGUCACAGAGUAAGUCUCAAAUACGGAUGGAAUGUAAUUGGCAAUAAAGAAUCAAACUACAUUGAAAUAAAAGAAUUCGGAGUUAAGAAAAGCGAAUUUGUAAUUCAUUGCGAAAAAUACUUUAAUCCAACAUUAAUAGACGUCGGACAUAAUUUGUACUUAGAUGGGAUAAAAAUGAAUGGGAAACAUCUUCGACUCGAUCACAAAAAUGUUAUUAGUUUGGUUAUGAAUAAUUCGUUUAUUCUUGACUUCCAGAUUAUUAAUAAAUUUUUUGAACAAGAAGAAGAAGAAUACCUCAAUGAAUUAUAAAUAAAUAAUAUGCUUUUCGAUAUGUAUGUACAUAUAUAUUUAUUAUUUACGUAAUAUUAUUAUUUAUUAUCUAUAUUUUUAUUGUCACUGAAUUUUGGUUAGUUUUUAUGUUCUUUUGUUUGUAUUAUUUUCUUAAUUAUGCAUGUCCUGCAAUAUUUUGCAAACAAAUUGUGUUGCUUAAAAAUUAUUGUUCAUUUUGGUUAUUUAAAAAGAAUUUGCUACUUCUAAACUUCUUAUGUAAACUGUACCAUCUUAUGAAGAUCAAUGUAAACAAUCUGUUUCAUUAUUAG